GCAUUACAGAAAUCAAAGCAACCAUCGUAGUGAAAACGCUUCUUUUCUUAAUCAUAUUUUUGCUUUUGAAAACACCAAAACGCUAGAAAGAUGCCGCGUAUUAUGAUUAAAGGGGGUGUGUGGAGAAAUACGGAAGAUGAGAUUCUGAAGGCAGCUGUGAUGAAAUAUGGCAAAAAUCAGUGGGCACGUAUCGCUUCUCUUCUUCACAGAAAGUCGGCCAAACAGUGCAAAGCCAGAUGGUAUGAGUGGCUUGACCCUAGCAUCAAGAAGACAGAAUGGAGUCGUGAGGAAGAGGAGAAACUGCUUCACCUGGCCAAGCUGAUGCCCACACAGUGGAGAACUAUCGCUCCCAUAGUUGGCCGCACCGCUGCACAGUGUCUAGAGCACUAUGAAUACUUGCUUGACAAAGCCCAGAACCGUGAUGAGAGUGAAGAUGACCCGCGUCGACUCAAGCCUGGAGAGAUCGACCCAAAUGCAGAGGCCAAGCCUGCCAAACCUGACCCCGUUGACAUGGAUGAAGAUGAACUGGAGAUGUUGUCUGAGGCGCGCGCAAGGCUGGCAAACACACAGGGUAAGAAAGCAAAGAGGAAAGCUCGGGAGAAACAGCUAGAGGAGGCUAGACGGCUCGCCGCGCUGCAGAAACGCAGAGAACUCAGAGCUGCUGGCAUAGAGAUCAAGAAGAAACAAAGAAGGAGGAGAGGGGUGGACUACAAUGCUGAAGUUCCAUUUGAGAAAAAACCUGCACCAGGAUUCCAUGACACCUCACAGGAGCAUUACGACCCACUGGACCCGAACUACAAGCGCCUUCGUCAGCAGGAUAUGGAUGGAGGGAGGAGGGACACAAAAGAAGAGCGUGAUAGGAGGAAGGACAAGGACAAGCAGAAGAAGAGGAAGGAGAGUGAUCUUCCCGGUCUUAUUGCUGGACAGAGCAACUUCCAAGAGCCUGUGAAGAAACGGAGUAAGCUUGUUUUGCCUGCACCCCAGAUUUCUGAGUCUGAACUGGAAGAGGUUGUAAAGGUGGGUUACGCGAGUGAGAAUGCCCGGGCCCAGGCAGAGGAAUCUGGAGCCCAGAAUGGGGCAACAGCCAGUCUGCUGCAGGACUAUAGUGUCACCCCAGGAUCCAAUGCCCUGCGAACCCCCCGUACACCCGCCCUGGCAUCAGAUGUCCUCAUGCAGGAAGCCCAAAACAUCAUGGCACUGACAAACGUGGACACGCCCCUGAAGGGGGGCCUGAAUGCUCCCCUACAUGAGUCAGACUUCAGUGGUGUCACCCCACAACAGAGAAUGAUGGCCACUCCCAACACUGUCCUGGGCACACCCUUCCGGACUCCGGGGCAAAUGGGCGAGGAGGGAGGAAUGACACCCCAUGGUAUGACCCCCCUGGUUGGACAGAAUGGUCAGCCUGGAUUGACCCCGGGCAGAACACCCAUGAGGGACAAACUUAACAUCAAUCAGAUGGAUGAUUUCGAGGGGGGCACGUUUGAACAGCAGGAUCCGCGUGACCAGUUACGUCGUGGAUUGGCGGGUCUGCCAACACCUAAGAAUGACUUUGAGAUUCUGGUUCCUGAGGAUAUGAACGAGGACGGAGAUGAGGCUGGGGACCAGCAUAGAUACAUCGAGGAUCAGGCGGAUAUAGACAACCGGUCUGAGGCUGACCGCAGGGCUAGAUUGGAGAAAGAGUUAAAGCUACAGUCGCACGCAGUCCAGAGAAGCCUGCCCAGACCGUACGAUGUGAAUGACCUUAUUCUGCGAGAUGUCAGCCCCCAGGACCCCCAACUUACCGAUCUACAGAAGGCCGAGGAGUUGAUUAAGCGUGAGAUGUUGAUUAUGCUGCACCAGGACUCGGCAUACAACCCCACCGAGGCCCAGCUGGGGGCGGGGCCUGCAGGGAAGAAGGCCCUUACCACUGGGAAGGGGGUGGCCAAUCAGGCAGCUCAUAUUUCGUACCUCAAGUAUCACCCAUAUGAAAAGGUGACUGAGGAUGAAAUUGAAAUGGCCCGACAGAUGCUGCAUGAGGAGAUGGAGGUGGUCAAGCGGGGGAUGGGCCAUGGUGACCUCUCUCUUGAGUCGUUCUCCCAGGUGUGGGACGAGUGCUACUCUCAGGUUCUCUUCCUGCCUAGCCAGAACCGAUACACACGUGCCAACCUCGCCAGCAAGAAGGACAGGAUAGAGUCUCUCGAGAAACGACUUGAGGGCAACAGGUCAUUCAUGACAAAAGAUUCAAAGAAAGCGGCAAAACUUGAAAAGAAACUGAAGAUUUUACUUGGAGGCUAUCAGUCUCGGAGCCAGGGUCUGUUGAAGCAGGUUACUGAGCUCCACGAGCAGCUGGAACAGACACACGUGGAGCUUACCACGUUUGAAAACCUCCGACAACAUGAGAUCGGCGCCAUACCUAAGAGAAUGGAGUCCCUGACAGAAGACGUGGUUAGACAGACAGAGAGGGAACGAGAGUUACAGAAGAGAUACAGUGAUCUGCAGUUCAGAAUGUCUUUGUUAAAUGCCACCAAAUGAUUGUUACUGAAAACUUUGAAUUUUGUACAUAGAAAAUUUUAUCAUCAUGGAUAUCAUGAACAUUUUGACUGUAUGCUGCACAAUGCAGUCAUUGGAUUCAAUGCAUGUGAUACUUCACUGUAUGUGACUAUGUCUGGAAAAGUGUAAAUACUUUUGAUUGUAGGAUACUGCUGUUUGCAAAGGGAAUUAACGUUUCAAGGUUUUGAAACAACUCCAGCAACUAACGUAAUUAACUUCAUCAUUUCCUUCUGAAUGAUUUAAGUUUUGGGAACAUCAAAAUACUGCCAGUACCUAUGUUGAGUAUGGUAUCUCGUAACCAACUGCUGAAUUUGAAUGAUUUGCCAGCCCAUAACAGGCACAACUACGAAUACCAACAUGACACUUCAAAUGCAACUUCCACCACUGUUUGAAAUAUUACUUUAAAUUUCUUUAUUUUUCAACAAUUGUGAAUCAAGUUAUUACACCAUUAUAAUAAUCUCUCUCAUUGGCACUUGGUUACAUGACAAUUUGGUCUUGUGUCAUGGGGAAAACUGGAGUACCCGCAGGAGACCCAUGUGUCUGGCUUGGUGAACCAAACUCACUGAAAUAUUGCGUGAAACUGCUUUAGUUCUGGAGGUAAGACAUGACCUUAUAAUCAUUGCAAUGCGAACAUGCUUUGUUUAACUGAUUAACAAGCAUGUUACACUUAUUUUAUUUGCAAACAGUAGUAUAAAUACAUUGUUCCAAGGGUGAGUUGCUGCCAUGGUGUUCCUGUCUGUCACUCGCCCACGAGGCCAUUUGUUGUAGCCUCUCCAGGGCCACUUUUUCAUGGCAAUUUCACAAAAAGACUCAAGUUAGAUCUAAACCUCAACUCUUUUUUUCCAUAUAACAUUAAAAGUUAUUUAAAAUAGUAUACAUAUUUUAUCUCUUAUUUUUUCUUUGAAUGUGUUAAUAAACACCUUUUGUUAAUAUUUCACAGAAAACUAAUUCUAGAGCUAAAAAUGUACUUGAAUAAUUACUCAAAUACAAAGAUAUGUACUCAAUUUUUCUUUCGAAUCUUGAGGUUUUGGAAUCAGCAUAAUCUAUGAGAGAAUGUCUUUUUUAAAAGAGUAAAAACAUGAACAAUUUUAAAUACUGGUAAAUGAUAUUAUGUGAUAAAAUGAGUUGAGACUGAGA